GGCGGUGGCAGUGACGAAGACGAUGGCCGGGCCAGGAGGAAGUAGAGGGGCUCGGCUGGGCUGGGCACUGCUAGGAGUGGACAGACGAGCUCAGCCAGCCGGGCGGGAGGCAGGACGAGGCCAGCUGCCAGCCAUGGCUGAGGCUGAAGAUGGCAGCAUCCACACGAAGCACAUCGGGGCUGUGCACAACGUGCCCAUGGACGUCCUGAUCCGGCCCAUCCCUUCCGAACUGGAUGCGGGCAAGGUGCAGAGCCUGAUGCAGACCCUCCAGGAGGAGCCUGAGCUGGUGCCCCCCAUCGAUGUGCUGUGGGUGAAGGGCAGCGAGGGGGGCGAUUAUUUCUACUCCUUCGGGGGCUGCCACCGCUUCGCCGCCCACCGGGAGCUCAACCGUGAGACCAUCCCCGCCAAGAUCAUCCCGUCCACCCUCAGCGACCUCCGCACCUACCUGGGCUCCUCCACACCACCCCUGCGCUAACCCAGGGGCCCGGAGGAGACACGGAACCCCUCCGGUCCUGCAGCACCCACCCCCCCUACCCCGACCCCGUUCUAGUGGGUCCCCGUGAGCCUCCGGUGGGGACGGUAUCAGGGUACCCGGGUCCCGGGGAGGGUCCUUGCGGAGCUGGGGUCUCUCCGUGGGAAGUGUGGGGGAAGCUUCCGGGGAAGUGUGGCGCGACAGGGCCAGCAGGUGGCGCUAUUGUGCCGCGCUGCGCCGCCGCAAACCGGGGAGAGGGAGGGACCGGGAUGGAAUGAACCGGGAUAGAACUGGGAUGGACGGGGAUGGGAUGGACCGGGAGAGAACGGGAGGGACUACUGUGGGAUGCACACGGAGGGACCGGGUUAAACCGGAAGGGACUGGGAUGGACUGAGAAGGGAUAUA